ACCAUACCAAGUUUGGCAUCUUUUAGGGCAGAGGAAUAACGUUACACUGCUUCUUUAGAAGAUAAUCAUAAAGUCAGUGUUAACUAAAACUUUCAAUAAUACAGCCGAGAUUUAAUGGGAAUAACAAAUGAUUUAAUUAUGAACACAAGCUCGUGACUGCGUGGCGUUGAGGCGGGACCGCGUCUGGACAAAAAUAGGCAGAGGGAGAGAGAGAGAGAGAUUUUUACACUGUUAUCCAAGACCAUUUUAAACGGCUAUCCCCUGGAGACUUUUACACUGUUAUUGAAAGGACAUUUUGACACCUUUAUCCAGGAAUAUGUCUGACUUUGUUUGUGUUUUCUAAUGAGGAGUUUGGAUCCACUGGGCGCUGGAAAAUGGAUCAGUCCGUGGCAAUACAAGAGACUUUGGCUAAAGGAGAAAACUGCAUUAUAGCUGUGCAGUGUGAGUCAAUGCUGGAUACUGUGAGUGAGAGCAGACUGCUUGGGCUCGUGCGGCACAACAAUGAACAUGCGUUAUUCAUAUAUUCUCACAUAAGAAUGGCCAUCACUGGUGAGGACGUUACACUGGAGGACAUCAUUCCCAUUUCUUAUGACUUUUCGGUUGUUGAAGUUUCAUCUCCAGAUGAGCUUGCUGUUGUCGGUGCAGAUACUCGUGUGCGAGUUACUUAUUUCGAUGAAGAGUUGGAGCUGAGGUUGCCUUUUGGUUCUCAAACUCGUCUCUUCCUCGUUGAAGUCAAUCGGGCAUGGAGUGAUGUCUGUGAGCAGUAUCCGAAGGUAGAGCCAAAGUUUGAUUGGCUCAACAAAUACAGAAAGGUGUCAAAAGGGGCAAAAUCUCUAAAAAAAUCUCUUACUUCAAGAUCCUCCAUGCCGAGUCAAAUGAAGAGAUCUGACAGAUCACACGCAGGUGACAACAGCCGACAGCAUAAAGAGCUCCAGAAGACCAGAGGAGACGAUGUGCCUGACAGUCAAGAGCGAGUGAGAGAUGACCUCAUCCGAUUGUCUCAACCCGUUCUGUCAAAUAAAGACCAGAUGCUGGCAAUGCCACAGUUCGGCCUGCGAGACAACCUUAUCAAAUGUGAGCUGCUUAAAAAUGAGGACGCCUACACCUACAUCCAGAACUACAGCUUUUUUCUGGGCACCUACAAUGUAAAUGGUCAAAAUCCAAAGGAAAGUCUUAUUCCAUGGCUGGGAUCCACCGCAAAUCCUCCAGACUUUUAUCUUCUGGGGUUUCAGGAGUUGGACCUCAGUAAAGAAGCGUUCCUCUUCAACGACACCCCUAAAGAACCUGAAUGGAUGUUAGCCGUCUACAAGGGCCUCCAUCCAGAUGCCAAGUACGCUUUAGUGAAAGUGGUUCGGCUGGUGGGCAUCAUGUUGGUGAUGUACGUGAAGGCGGAGCAUGCAGCGCACAUCUCUGAGGUGCAGACGGAGAGCGUCGGCACGGGUGUCAUGAGCCGAUUGGGCAAUAAAGGUGCUGUGGCCGUUCGCUUCCGCUUCCAUAACUCGGACAUCUGUGUUGUGAAUUCUCACCUGGCUGCGCACACAGAAGAGUUUGAAAGACGCAAUCAGGACUUCAAGGACAUUUGCCGGAGGCUGCAGUUUGAACAGCUGGACCCGAGCCUUCCACCUCUCACUAUCAUGAAACACAAUAUCGUAUUGUGGCUGGGAGAUCUAAACUACAGAAUAAGUGAUCUUGAAGUAGAUCAUGUGAAGGACCUAAUAGCUAAAAAGGAUUUUGAGACCCUUUACAAUCAUGACCAGCUAAAGAGACAGAUGGAUGAAGAGGCUGUGUUUGUGGGCUUCACAGAGGGGGAGAUUGAUUUCCAGCCCACUUAUAAAUAUAACACCGGCUCAGAUCAGUGGGACACAAGUGAGAAGUGCAGAGUACCAGCGUGGUGUGACCGCAUCCUGUGGAGGGGAAAGAACAUUAAACCGCUUCAUUAUGAGAGUCACAUGACCCUAAAGACCAGUGACCACAAACCUGUCAGCUCUCUUAUGGAGAUCGGGAUCAAGGUGGUGCACGAGGAGUCCUACAAGAAAACAUUUGAGGAUAUUGUUCGGCAUAUUGACAAACUGGAGAAUGAUUGUAUUCCUUCAGUGACUGUCUCGCAGACUGAGUUUUAUUUCAAGGAUGUGAAGUUUAUGCAGCAUCAGGCACAUACGGUGACCGUUUACAAUGAGGGCCAGGUGCCGUGUCAGUUUGAGUUCAUUCGGAAGUUAGAUGAACCUGCGUACAGUAAACCCUGGUUGACAGCAAACCCAGCUAAAGGCUUCCUGGCCCAGGGUGCCAGUGUGGACAUCGACCUGGAGGUGUUUGUGAACCGUACCACAGCCCCAGAGCUGAACACAGGCCAGGAGACACUUGAAGACAUCUUGAUUCUUCAUCUGGAGAGGGGUAAAGACUACUUCAUCUCGGUCACAGGCUCCUAUCUACCCAGCUGUUUCGGCUCUUCGCUCGGUACCCUGUGUCUGCUGAGAGAACCUAUACAGGACAUGUCAAUGGACACCAUCAGAGACCUGUCUCUGAAGUCAAAUAGUCAACUGAACGAAUCUGAAGCUGAGAAACCUCAAGAAAUCCCAAAGGAAAUAUGGAUGAUGGUCGAACAUCUCUACCGUAAUGCAAAAAAACAGGAAGAUCUCUUUCAACAGCCCGGCCUCCGCAGCGAGUUUGAAGAGAUUCGGGAUUGUCUGGACACCUGCUGCUUAGACACUCUUCCGGGGAGUAAUCAUUCAGUGGCUGAAGCCCUCCUCCUGUUCCUGGAUGCUCUUCCUGAACCUGUCAUCCCUUUCUCUUUCUAUCAGCAGUGCUUGGACAGCUGCUCAGACAGCGCUCAUUGUAAACAGCUUAUUGCUAUGCUACCUCAGUGCCAUAAAAAUGUUUUUAACUAUUUAGUGGCUUUUCUUCAAGAACUGUUGAAGUACUCUGCACAUAAUCGCCUGGAUUUAAGUAUUUUAGCCCCAGUUUUUGCUGGCCUUUUGCUUAGAUCACCCACAAAGCAAGAUCUUAUAGAGAAAAGGAAGGCGAAGGAGUUUUUUCAGCAUUUCUUAGUUGAGAUGCCCUCUGUCGGUGAUAUUCAUGAGAAAUUACCUGAAUAAUGUACUGCAUCAAUUCAGACAAAUACUUUUUUUACAAUUAUGUUCAUAGACCUUGUAGUUGCCUUUUAAUUCAAAGCAUUUUAAACAAAUAGGUUUUAUUUUAAAACCAGAUGGGGGACUAAUUGUUUGAGAUAUAGUGACUAUUUAAUGAAACAUGUUUUUAAUGUUUGUAAAUACAACUGUUUGUAUAUUAAAUAUGAAUCGAAUUAUAACA